CCGGGCAUGUCACUCCCCGCCUCCACCUCCGCCUCCAGCGCGGGGCGGGCUGCCGCGGGCUGGCUGCGCCUGAGGCGGCCCGGCGCGAAGUUGCGAGCGCGCAUGGAGCCGCGGGCGGAGGGGACGGCGCGGCGCGGGGCACGCCCGCCGCACGUGUGAGGAGCCGCCGCCGCGCCCGGCCGUGCCCAUGCUGCUGCUGCGGAAGGUGCCGGGCGUGCCGGGCUGGCCGGCGGCGCUGGGGCUGCGGCUGCCGCAGAAGUUCCUUUUCCUGCUCUUCCUCUCGGGCCUGCUCACGCUCUGCUUCGGCGCCCUCUUCCUCCUGCCCGACUCGUCCCGCCUCAAGCGCCUCUUCCUGCCCCGCCGCGGCGCCCCCGCCUCGCCCCCAGCCCCGGCCUCCGCCGCCGCCGCGCUGCCCCGCAGCCCCCCGGCCGAGCCGCGCCAUGCCAGCCCCGCCGCCCCGCGCCGCCUGCGGGACAAGCCGCGCGCCCCGCCGCCCGGGGGGGGCGGCAAGCAGCAGCAGCAGCAGGUGCCGCCGGCCACCGCGGGAGCCCCGGCCCGCUUCGACUACGGCCGCUUCCGCCGCAGCCUGCGGCACCCGGUGCGCGGCCGGCGGGGCGCCCAGGAGCCCGAGACCCGCGCCCGCCGCAUGAAGAUCCGCGAGAUGAUGAAGUUUGCUUGGGACAACUACAAGCUAUAUGCACUAGGAAAAAAUGAACUUCGGCCACUAACUAAGAAUGGGCACAUUGGUAACAUGUUCGGAGGCCUCCGAGGGGCGACGGUGAUAGAUGCCUUAGACACCCUGUACAUCAUGGAGCUUGAGGAGGAAUUCCAAGAAGCGAAAAAGUGGGUGGAGAAGAGCUUUGACUUGAAUGUGAAUGGAGAGGCAUCCUUGUUUGAAGUCAACAUCCGCUACGUCGGAGGUCUGCUGGCCGCCUACUACCUAACUGGAGAAGAGAUGUUCAAGAGUAAAGCUCUAGAACUUGGAGAGAAGCUCUUACCAGCUUUCAACACCCCUACUGGCAUCCCACGAGGUGUCAUAAAUCUGGGCAGUGGCAUGAGCUGGAGCUGGGGCUGGGCAUCUGCAGGAAGCAGCAUCUUAGCAGAGUUUGGCACCCUGCACCUGGAAUUCUUGCACCUCACAGAGCUCUCGGGAAACCCAGUAUUUACUGAGAAGGUCAUGAACAUCCGCAAAGUUCUGAACCGAAUUGAGAAACCACAGGGGCUUUAUCCUAACUUUCUCAGCCCGGUCACUGGGAACUGGGUGCAGCACCAUGUCUCCAUUGGGGGACUCGGGGACAGCUUUUACGAAUAUCUGAUCAAGUCCUGGUUGAUGUCGGAUAAGAGAGAUGCCGAAGCUAAAAAGAUGUACAAUGAUGCGCUAGAGGCAAUAGAAAAGCACUUGGUAAAAAAAUCUGCCGGAGGAUUAACCUACAUUGCAGAGUGGCGAGGUGGCAUCUUGGAUCACAAAAUGGGCCACUUGGCUUGCUUUUCUGGUGGCAUGAUAGCCCUUGGAGCAGAACAUGCAGGAGGAGAGCAAAAGCAACAGUAUAUGGAUCUAGCUGCAGAGAUAACUCACACUUGUCAUGAAUCUUAUUCACGGUCAGAUACCAAACUUGGCCCCGAAGCGUUUCGCUUUGAUUCUGGAACCGAAGCCACAGCCACCAGACUCAGCGAGCGCUAUUAUAUUCUACGCCCGGAAGUGGUAGAAAGCUACCUGUACAUGUGGAGACUGACGCAUGAUCCAAAAUACAGACAGUGGGGGUGGGAAGUUGUGCAGGCACUAGAAAAACACUGUAGAGUAGAAGCCGGUUACUCUGGUAUCCGAGACGUGUAUACCACCACCCCAACCCACGACAACAUGCAACAGAGCUUUUUCCUGGCAGAGACAUUGAAGUACCUCUAUCUUCUGUUCUGUGAAGAUGAUGUGCUAUCUCUGGAAGACUGGGUAUUCAACACGGAAGCCCACCCACUGCCAGUGAACCACACGAACUUUAAAGCUAAAGCAAGUGUGCACUAGUGAAGCCAUUGCCCGAGCUCCCUGCCUCCGCAGCAGUCUACGGGUCAUUGCGUUUCCUUGCCAUUAAAGGAAUUAGCGGCGUUCCUAAAAUGGGAUUUUGGGGCACUAGUCCAAUUGCGGACAGUAUUAUAGUGGGAAGAAUCAACCGUGACAUAAGCACCUUCUUUUCCUCUAUGAGGAGCUCUAUUAGCCUGAUAACGAGAUGUCGAUUCUGGGCCAUGUUGCACACAGAUCAUAGACAUUCCUUUAUACAGAGAAUUUAUAAGAAAUCCACUGACUUUGCUUUCUAGUGGCCAAAGGAUUGGAAGUUUGCCAUAAAACAGAGGUUUCCCCUUUGUCCUUCCUUUCAUUUUUUUUUUUUUAAUUUUUUUUGCCUUUUAUAUACUGUUGGAUUUUAUCACAUUUCUAAUUACACUUUUCAAAUACUGUGCUUUUUAAGUGGCGUCAACCGUGUAACUAAGUCAGAAGUUGUCUGCAAAAUUCUUGACCCAAACGUAUUUUUAUAUAUUUUUUCUGUGCUCUUAAAACACAUUUACCACACAUUGCAUCACAUGUAACUUUCCUUUGUGUUUGUGUUUUUUCUACUUUAAUUUGACCCUAAAUGUUAUGAGUCACUUGUAAUAAUUUCACUGCUGUAAUAGUCAAAUCUGUGAAAUAGAAUAAAAAGGUCUUGUAAAAUAA